CUGACGUUUCUGAUUUCACCCUACUUUUGUAAUGUAAAACGGACACUUUUUAAUGACUAUUUUUCUUUACAGAAUUCAGGUGUGGUGACUUUCAGAAGGCAGUGUAUAACACCCACCAUAUAUUCAUCAUUAGUCAGGGCAUCUGCUGGAUGGUAGAAGAUCCAAGAGGGUUUCACACGAGCUUCCCAACUGUAUCCAACCUGUCCCAAACAGGAAAAGAAGACACUCUAAUCAGAUAUAAGGAUCUUUGAUCACCAAGGUGACAAUGUCUAAUCUAUAUUUUGUUCUAGCAGCAUGCAUCUCGAUUUGUGGUACGAGCGGUCGACAAUCAGGAACUGAUCAAGGUCCUCUGUACACCUUGUAUAAUGACCUACUGGAACACUACAAACCGUAUAUCAGGCCCAGGAAGAAUCCUAACGAUACCGUGGAGGUAGUAGUUUCUUAUAGCAUUGUAUCAGUGGAGGCCUUGGACGAAACCACACAGACAGUAGCUUCAUCUGCAGUCAUCCAAUUUGAAUGGAAAGAUGACCUGAUGACCUGGAACUCAAGUGACUAUGGUGGUGUACAAUUUAUAAAUAUACCUGUGGAGAAACUGUGGUUUCCGGACUUGAGUUUGACAAAUGGAUUAGAAGACUUAUCUUUGAUUCUUCCCAGCGGAGAAAUAGCAAGGGUGAACGAUGAUGGAUUGAUCCAGUGGUACCAUGGGAUGAAGAAAUGUACCAAGUGCUCUCUAGACAUGACCAAAUUUCCAUUUGACACCCAAACAUGCAGUAUCAAUCUCAUUCAGUGGGUUACUGUAAUUUCCCAAGUCAAUUUGACAGCAGGUGGGGUUCACAUUGAAUCGUCAAUGUUUCAACAAAACGGAGAAUGGGAAAUAUUGGACAAAUCAAAAGAGGUUAUUGUUCAUACAUAUACUGAGGUUUACAUCCAGACGGAGCUGGUUUUCACAUUCGUCUUCAAACGGAAAUACCUGUAUUAUAUCAUCACCAACAUCCUUCCCGGCAUGCUUCUCUCCGUCCUUAACCUUGGUGUGUUUCUACUUCCGCCUGAAUCAGGGGAGAAGGUAUCGCUAUGUAUUUCCAUAGUGCUGUCCUAUGCAGUGUUCUUGUCUGUCAUUGGAGGGAGUCUACCGGAAGUGUCAGACACUGUCAGCAUCUUCAGUGUCUACCUCUUGACAAUGAUGUUCCUCAAAGUCGCAACAACUUUGAUAACAGUCUUCGUUUUGCAAGUUUACCAUCAGACCACCGAAGAAGCAGAUUCCCUCUCAAACCGCCUCAUGCAAAGACAAAUACAAGACAUCUCUAAAUCAGAUUAUGAACAAGAGAGUACACUAGUAAAACAGCAGACGCCUUUGAAGAAGACAGGGAAACAACUCGCAAGAUAUUUAAACAAGAUUGGUUUCACGAUAGUAUUUUUGCUCACAGUCAUGAUCACCAUUCUGUGUUUUGCACUGUUGUUGAAAGAAUAGUUAAAUUGCCAAGUGAAGAUUGUCAAUGUAAUGGACAAGCACUGUUUUGUUGUCCGUAAUAUAUCUUGGCGGGAGUUAUUUCCCUUGUUAUUUUCAAGACCAAUGCUCCCAGUCAAAAUUUUGUCAAUGUCGUAUUAAGAUCUGAAGCGAAGACCAAGUAUGACUACAGAAAUACAAGAAAUGGUGUCGACUUCAAGGAUUGACUUGUUACUGAACCAAGAGGCCCCCAGCCAGUACAAUUUGACAAAGAACACAAUUAUUCACCCACUGUCGAUCAGUGGAUAUAAACGUAAAACUUGUUUUAUGUGGUUGAUGUUUUCCUUAAAAUGAGAAAAUGUGACCUUACGUGAAAUGUGACCUCAGUGAACAUGUGACCUCAAGUGAAAUUUGACCACGGAAGCUAAAUGCCUCUCAAAUAUAGUUCGAGAUCUGUAGCCAAGAUUUAUGAUUUCGUUACCUAAAUCAAAGAGGAGUGAUCACCAUUGUGACAUCAAAUCUGCAGGAAUAAACAGAGCAUGAUGUAUACGAAGAUUUGUUGGAUCGGUUGUAUGACAGAUAACGCUGAAGAGGAUGUAGCACACUCUGACGGUGAGAGCUACAAGUGUUUAGCAGCAUGACAACGUUAUUCUAUAUAACGUGACGGAGGAAACAAGGGAGAUUACUCUGAUUGAAAGGUCAAGGUACCAGAUAUGUGAACAUCAGUGUACAGAUCAAGACAUGGGCCAGUCAUGAUGUCACCCGUGUACAUCGACUCGGCUCUCGUCAUGUUUAAUAAUUUAACCAAUAAGCCUCAUCGCUAUGUCAUGAGAAAAACGUUUACAGUUUCAAGCGUCUUAACUAUUGGCUUAAAGCCGUGAAGCUGAUUGAAUAUUUCAAGAAAAGAGUCAGGAACACUCAAUUACAUCUAUCUGGUGACAUGAUCGAAGUAUGGAACAUUCAGUGACUUAACUAACUGCCUAAAGCCUCGAAAGGAACAGAACUGAUUGGAUACUUCUAGAAUGGAAAGCAGUUAACUAAACCACGUGAUCAACAGGAGAAUUACUUCAAUGGAUAUACAACUUCUUUAUUACUUUCUAUUGGACGUUUCGUUGUGGGCACUAACCGUCAAAAAGCAAGUGGUGUCACGGCUAGUAUCUUUCCGCAUGGAAUGGUAAUGACUCGAACGUUGGAAGAGAUGAAGAGUUGUCCUGGAACAUUUAUGGCCAACGUUAAAUGUUUGAUGAUUGUGAUUCUGUUGCUUACUUUCAAUCUAUUAAUAGUGUAUAUGUACUUUGGACAUUUUCAUCACAUAUCGAGGACUUGAACUGGCUACCUUGAUAUCAAAAAUACUUUGAACCAUUUCCAGGAAUGAUGUUCUGGUGGCGUGUUUGUUAGCUGUAGACAAGAUGGUGUGAGCAGAGCGUCCAUCUUGUAGACUUGUCAUUCACGUAUUAUAUGCUACUAAAAAAAUAGGGGAUAUUUA